AUGGCGGCGGAGCCCGGACGCUCGUGGGCCCAGGCGCGGGGCGCGUACGGCGCGAGCGAGGUGCUGCGGCGCGGCGCGGCUCGCCGGCGAGACCCCGAUCCGCAGCCCAACGGGCCAGGCCCCGAAGACGCCCGCGCCCCGGGCCGCCUGGCUCGCCUGCGGGGACAGCUCCGCGCGGAGGCGGCGGCGCGCACCGAAGCGCCGCGGCUGUUGCGGCUAGUGGAGCGCGCGGGUGCUGCUGCGGCGGCGGGGCCCGGGGAGGCUGGGACCGGCGAGAGGACGGACGCGCACAGCCGCGGCUCCGUGUGCUCCGUGUGCGGGGAGCCGCGCGGCGGGGCCACCUACCCGGCGGGCGUCCUGGAGGUCAGCGAGCGGCGGCUGCAGGAGGGCCUGGCGGCCGUGCGCGCAGAGCUGGGCGCCGGGCUGCAGGCGCUGCGCGCGGAGCUGCGGGCCGAGCUGGACGCCUUGCGCGCGCUGCUGCCGCCCCAACCGCCUCCAGCCGCCCGCCGUGAGCCCCGCGCCGGACCCCGCGCCGCGCCCCGCGCCCCGGCCCUGCUGCGGACGCUCGGCACCGUGAGCGCCCUGGUCUCGGCCACCAGGCCCCCAGAGGACGCCGGCGACAGCCCCAACGACGGCGGCGCGAACCAAGUCCCAGCGCGGAAGAACCACAAGAAGACGCCGAUGCCGCCCGGGGCCCAGCAAGCCGGCGGGGACUGAGCGUGGCCGCUCCUAGGGCUCCCCGGGCGAAGCGCUGGAGGCGUCGCCGCUGACCACAGGGGCUCUGGAAUCCCCGGGACGGGGCAAGUAGAUGGAUCUACCCUCGUGCAGCGUGGGUCAAAGCGAGAAGUUUCCCGGGCACCUCCGGCUACCCUGUUUCCCCGAAAAUAAGACAUCCUCUGAAAAUAAGACCUACUUACAGGAAAGAUAAGACGUCCCCUGAAAAUAAGACCUAGAGCAUCUUUGGGAGCACACCUUAAAAUAAGACUUUGUCUUAUUUUCGGAGAAACAGGGUAGUACUCGGGUUAUCUGGAGAGUGGGCGGCAGAUGGAGAAGGAUGUGGACCCCUUUCGUCCUCAGGGCUGGGAAAAGUUGGGGGGCAGGAACCUGUCAGCCCCUGGAGGGCAGUGGGGAGAGCCAGGGGUCUCAGAGGGAUUCCUCUGCCUGGGGGGAGGCGAUUGCAGGUUCUUUGAAAGUCCUUAAAGGUCUUUAAAGGUCUUAGGGAGGAGACAGGGCCUCCAUGCCCCAAGGAUGGACCUUAGGUGGCAAGAGGGACCUAGUACAGACCUUAGUGGCAAGUGGGCGUCUGAGACAGUGUCAGCUGGAUGGUGUCACCCACUAUAUAGCCACAUUCCACUUGGUGUCCCCUGGAGAGCAGCUGGAUGCUGGUCAGCCACUCUACUAACAGUGGGGUCCUCUCAUUCACUGGACAGCAUCGCAGGAUACAGAACCUAGUUAGCGUCCCUUGGAUUCAUCUUUGCUUUGGACAGUGACACCAAGGACACUUACUCCUUCACUUAGUCACCUGGACACCGGGGUCUCUCCAGAAAGAAUCACCUACAGUCAGACAAAAGACAGCUGGCCCUUCACUAGCAGCUGUCUGCUGUCCCCAGCACCCACCUGCCCACCCCAAGGGCCUGCAGCAGAGCCUGGAGGAAAUGCCUGGGUUAGUUGCCAGCUUA